AUGGCAAAGACCACCCUUGAUUCCGGAUGGCUUGCUGCUAGGUCCACUGAGGUUCAUUUCACAGGCACUCAACUCACCACCACGCACCCUCCCUCUGCUUCCACCCAACCAUGGAUGGAAGCUGUUGUCCCUGGAACUGUUCUGGCAACCUUGGUGAAGAACAAAGUGGUGCCUGAUCCUUUUUAUGGACUAGGAAAUGAGGCAAUCUUGGAUAUUGCUGAUUCUGGAAGAGAGUAUUACACCUUCUGGUUCUUUACAACCUUUCAGUGUAAUCAGCGCUGUGAUCUGAACUUCAGAGGAAUCAAUUACUCCGCUGAUGUUUAUUUGAAUGGGAACAAGAUGGUACUCCCAAAAGGAAUGUUUCGGAGACAUUUUCUUGAUGUCACUAAUCUCAUUCAUUCUGAUGGUGGUAACCUGCUUGCGGUUCUUGUUCACCCUCCGGAUCAUCCUGGGAGCAUCCCUCAGGAGGGGGGACAAGGUGGUGAUCACGAGAUAGGAAAGGAUGUGGCCACACAAUAUGUUGAAGGUUGGGAUUGGAUGGCUCCUAUAAGAGAUAGGAAUACUGGAAUAUGGGAUGAGGUUUCCAUUUCUAUUACUGGGCCAGUAAAAAUAAUUGAUCCCCACUUGGUGUCAUCAUUCUUUGACAAUUAUAAGAGAGUAUAUCUACAUGCUACAACUGAGUUAGAAAACAGGAGCUCCUGGACUGCUGAGUGUUCUUUGAGUAUCCAUGUGACAACAGAACUCGAGGGGACCAUCCACUCAGUAGAGCAGUUUCAAACUCAAAAUGUUUCAAUUCCUCCAACAUCUCGGGUGCAAUAUACAUUUCCUGAGCUCUUCUUCUACAAGCCCAAUUUAUGGUGGCCAAAUGGAAUGGGGAAACAAUCUUUGUACAACGUUAUUAUUAACGUUGAUGUUAAAGGAUAUAGUGAGUCUGAUUCAUGGAGCCAUCACUUUGGAUUCCGCAAGAUUGAAAGCCAUAUUGAUGAUGCUACUGGUGGAAGAUUGUUCAAAGUCAACGGAGAACCAAUUUUUAUACGAGGGGGGAAUUGGAUAUUGUCUGAUGGGCUACUGCGACUUUCAAAGAAGCGAUACGAAACAGAUAUCAAGUUUCAUGCAGAUAUGAAUUUUAAUAUGAUUCGUUGCUGGGGCGGUGGCCUCACUGAAAGGCCAGAGUUUUAUCAUUACUGUGAUUAUUAUGGACUUCUGGUAUGGCAAGAAUUCUGGAUUACCGGGGAUGUGGAUGGACGUGGUAUCCCUGUAUCAAAUCCAAAUGGUCCCCUGGACCAUGAUCUUUUCUUGUUUUGCGCAAGAGACACGGUCAAGCUUCUUAGAAAUCAUCCUAGUCUUGCUCUCUGGGUGGGUGGAAAUGAACAAACUCCACCAGAUGAUAUAAAUACAGCCCUGAAAAAUGAUCUGAAACUUCAUCCUUAUUUCGGACAUGCAGAAGAAAAAGAAAAACCUGUCGCUGGCUUGUCCCAUAGGUUGGGGGAUCCUAGCCAAUAUCUUGAUGGUACAAGAAUUUACAUACAAGGAUCAUUAUGGGAUGGGUUUGCAGAUGGGGAAGGGAACUUCACUGAUGGACCUUAUGAGAUUCAAAAUCCAGAAGAUUUUUUUAAGGAUGACUUUUACAAGUAUGGAUUCAACCCUGAGGUUGGUUCUGUAGGAAUGCCAGUUGCUGCAACCAUAAGAGCAACAAUGCCUUCAGAAGGAUGGCAAAUACCACUGUUUAAUAAACUUUCCAGUGGUUAUGUUGAAGAAGUUCCAAAUCCCAUUUGGAAAUACCAUAAAUACAUUCCAUAUGCAAACCCAACCAAGAAGGUUAAUGAUCAAAUUGAGUUGUAUGGUAAUGUGAAUGACCUUGAUGAUUUUUGUUUGAAGGCUCAACUAGUUAACUACAUACAAUAUAGAGCUCUUCUGGAGGGAUGGACGUCUCACAUGUGGAAAAAAUUUACAGGAGUCUUGAUUUGGAAGACACAAAAUCCUUGGACUGGUCUGAGAGGUCAAUUUUAUGAUCAUCUUCUUGACCAAACAGCAGGAUUCUUUGGUUGUCGAUGCGCUGCAGAGCCAAUUCAUGUACAGCUUAAUCUGGCUACAUAUUUUAUAGAGGUAGUGAAUACUACAUCAGAAGAAUUGUCUAACAUAGCUGUAGAAGUUUCAGUGUGGGACCUAGAAGGCACAUGUCCACACUCCAAAGUUCAAGAAAAUCUCACUGCACUGCCAAAAAAUGUAACACCUAUUGUUGAGAUGGAAUAUCCAAAGACAAAAAAUCCCAAGCCAGUCUACUUUCUUAUUCUCAAACUCUACAACAUGUCAGAUAAUAGUAUUUUAUCUAGAAACUUUUAUUGGUUGCAUCUUCCUGGUGGAGAUUAUAAACUACUAGAGCCGUAUAGGGAGAAGAAAAUACCCCUCAAGAUAACAUCCGAGGUUUUUAUUCAAGGAUCUACCUACAAACUUCAAAUGCAUGUGCAAAACACAUCUAAAAACUCAGACUCACUGGAAACCGUAGAUAGUGUGAUUGGCAAAGAGCAAGAAGUUGGUUGGUUUAGGAGGAUACACAAAUGCUUUGCAGGGAAAAGUGCUGGUGUGAAGGUUUCUGAAAUUAAUGGCCAAGAUAUAGGUGUUGCAUUCUUUCUUUAUUUUUCUGUUCAUGCUUCGAAUAAGGACCACAAGGAGGGGGAAGACACAAGAAUUCUCCCCGUUCAUUACUCAGAUAACUAUUUUUCACUUGUGCCAGGAGAGACCAUGACUAUUAAAAUUUCUUUUGAGGUCCCUCCAGGUGUCUCUCCUCUAGUUACUUUGCAUGGCUGGAAUUUCAACCAACAAGCCAUCCAUGAAGGUCUUUAG